UCAGCUUCUGAAUUUCCUUGAAGCCCGCCCUCUCUUCUUUUCCAAACCUUUUUUUAAAAAGUUUUUAUUUUAAUUAAUAUUUUCUUUUUGGUUCACCUUCGACUUCGAGAGAAAGCUUAGCCAGUGCCGAAAAUAACUAUGGCGAUGGCUGCGGCGGCGACAACCAGCCGUGUGGCUCGGCGUAUGGGUGCCGACGAUGAUAAGUUAGUUUUCGAGACGACGGAAGGAAUCGAGCCCAUACUGAGUUUCGAUCAGAUGGGGUUGAAGGACGAUCUCCUCCGUGGAAUCUAUAAUUACGGCUUCGAAAAGCCAUCUGCCAUCCAACAGAGAGCGGUCAUGCCCAUAAUUAACGGCCGUGAUGUCAUUGCGCAAGCCCAGUCUGGUACCGGCAAAACUUCCAUGAUUGCCCUCACCGUUUGCCAAGUGGUCGACACCGCUAGCAGAGAGGUUCAAGCAUUGAUCUUGUCACCCACAAGGGAACUGGCAUCGCAAACAGAGAAAGUGAUACGGACAAUUGGUGAUUUCAUGAACAUACAAGCACACGCGUGUAUUGGAGGUAAAAGUGUCGGUGAAGAUAUAAGGAAGCUAGAAAACGGAGUUCAUGUUGUGUCGGGAACACCUGGGCGAGUCUGUGAUAUGAUAAAGAGGAGAACCCUACGUACUAGGGCUAUUAAACUAUUGAUUCUUGAUGAAUCUGACGAGAUGUUGAGCAGAGGGUUCAAAGAUCAAAUUUAUGAUGUCUACAGGCAUCUUCCGCCAGAGCUUCAGGUUUGUUUAAUAUCUGCUACACUCCCUCAUGAGAUCUUGGAAAUGACGAGUAAAUUUAUGACUGAUCCUAUAAGGAUCCUCGUGAAGCGUGAUGAGUUGACUCUGGAGGGUAUUAAACAAUUUUUUGUGGCAGUUGAAAGAGAGGAGUGGAAGUUCGAUACACUAUGUGAUCUUUAUGAUACAUUGACCAUCACCCAAGCUGUGAUUUUCUGCAAUACAAAACGAAAGGUUGAUUGGCUAACUGAGAAGAUGCGUAGCAAUAACUUCACAGUAUCAUCAAUGCAUGGAGAUAUGCCUCAGAAGGAAAGAGAUGCGAUUAUGGCUGAGUUUCGUGAUGGUGCAACCCGUGUUCUUAUCACAACAGAUGUUUGGGCCAGGGGGCUCGAUGUUCAACAGGUGUCCCUGGUGAUAAAUUAUGACCUUCCAAAUAAUCGAGAGCUUUACAUCCACAGGAUUGGUCGUUCAGGUCGCUUUGGACGAAAGGGUGUUGCCAUUAACUUUGUAAAAAGUGAUGACAUCAAGAUUCUGCGAGAUAUAGAGCAGUAUUAUAGUACCCAGAUCGACGAAAUGCCAAUGAAUGUGGCGGAUCUGAUAUAAGAAUGGCAUGGUUGAAGAAGAAUGUCAUUUGUGUUAUUUGCACCGUCUUUUAAGAGUGAUAGGAUUUGUAGUUUGUACACCGAGUGGAAACUGAAGGCACAUAUCAGAUUAGGAUUGACUUUGCUUUUUGUGUAGUUGAUUUGGGAUUUGCUCCAUUUUAAUUUCAAGUAUAUUCGAAAGGUUUUGGGGUGCA